AUGACACACACAAUUCAUCGAGCCGUUAACCAUCGUGAUCCAUUAUCAUAUCCACGUCUUGAAAAUGAAGAAACGUUUACGGGUCGCGUAGCAAAACAAAAGAUUCCAUUUCAAGCAGGUGAAAGUCACAUUGCUCAACGCGAUGAACCGUGGAGUCGAUUAUAUUCAACAGCUACACUUUCAUCUGGUCGACAUGAAAUCUAUACACACGAUCCAAAAGCUCCGUUAGAUUCAUUAGAUUUUCUUCUUAAAACUCAAUACGAUCACCAUGGAGAAACAUUUGCAGGAAAAGCUCGAACUCGUGUUCAAUUAGAAACUGUUUCCGAUGAUCAUGGUCGUAUUUUAAAAAAUCGAGUUGUUUACAAAGCUCCCGUUCAAAAUGAAUUAAAUCAUCCACUACGUAUUGCCGAAAAUGGACGAAAAGAACAUAUAUCAGAACCAAAACAAGCCAUACAGAGUAAUCACACAAUGUUAACUAAUCGUGGUUAUGCUCGAAAUCAUCUUGGAUCAUAUUUCGUUGCCUAA